CUUAUACAUAACCUAGCCUCUUUUUCAAGAAGUUUGUAGUUGAGUUGAAGAUGUGUUGUAUAAACGGUUGUAUUUGAGCAGAGUGCAACAUCAACAAAUUUAGUCAGCAAUCGAAACUACAAGUGCAUCAAAUACACUAUUACCUUACCUUUGUUUAUAAAGCUAUCAGUGAUUUAUUUUCAUACCAUUUGGAGGAGGGAAGUUAUAGAGCUUUGCAUUUAUGGAGGCAGUAAUGGACGAUGGCAUUGUUAAAAUUGAACCAGAAAAAGAAGAGGAAAUAAAUUCGUCUCUUGUAAGAAAUAAUUUUAUAAGUAACUAUGCUUCUGUAACUGUAAAAGAAGAACCUAUUGCUCUUGUAUUUGGUACAGAACACUUUAACAAUGAGUAUGACGAGGAAGAAACACAGCAACAAAAUAUUGAAUCUGAAAAUGUAAAAUUUAAAUGUGACAUAAAAGGUAAUAUGUCAAAUUUUCUGGCACCGAAAAUGCCUAAAAAUUUCAAAUGUGACUUUUGUGAUUAUGCCACAAAUCGUACAUACAAAUUAAAACAACAUCUCUUAACACACAAUAGUAAGAAAUACGGUAGAUGUCCACAUUGUGAUUUUGGCACGCAUCAUAAAGGGAACUUGAAACAACAUGUGUUAUCACACAAUAAGAUAGAUUUUAAAUGUAACCAUUGCGAUUAUGCCACACAUCAUAAAAGCAGUUUGAAAAAACAUCUCCUAACACAUGGUUUGAAAGAUUGGAAAUGUCACAUUUGUGACUUUGCGACACAUCGUAAAUAUAGUUUGAAACAACACCUUGUAGCACACAAUGGUACCAAAGAUUUCAAAUGUUACAUUUGUAAUUAUGCCGCACGUUACAAACGCAGCUUGAAAAUACAUCUAUUAACACAUGGUUCAAAGGAUUUGAAAUGUCACAUUUGUGAUUUUGCCACAAAUCAAAAAUAUAGGUUGAAACAACAUCUUGUAGCACACAAUGGUAUCAAAGAUUUCAAAUGUAACCUUUGUGAUUUUGCCACACAGCAUAAACGCAGUUUGAAACAACAUAUCUUAGCACACAAUGGUACGAAAGGGUUGAAAUGUGACAUUUGUGAUUUCGCCACAAAUCGUAAUUACAAUUUGAAACAACAUCUCUUAACACACAAUGGUACGAAACAUUUUAAGUGUAACCUUUGUGAUUUUGCUACAAUUAAUAAACAGACUUUGAAACAACAUCUCUCAACGCACAAUUGUACAAAAGACUUUAGAUGUGCACAAUGUGAUUAUAGCGCACAUAAUAAACGCAACUUGAAACAACACAUCCGAAGGCACAAUAAGAAAGAUUUCAAAUGUAACCGGUGUUAUUAUGAAACAAACAAUCCAAAACUGUUCAAAAAUCAUCUCGCAAAACACAAAACGUCAAACAAGGGUACGAAAGAUUUGAAAUGUGACCUUUGUGAUUAUGCCACAAAUCAUAAAUGCAAUUUAAAACAACAUCUUUUAGCACACAACGUUAUAAAAAUUUUCAAAUGUGACGUUUGCGAUUAUGCCACAAAUCAUAAAUUCAGCUUUAAACAACAUCUCUUAACGCACAAUAGUACAAAAGUUUUUAGAUGUGCACAUUGUGAUUAUGGCACAAAUUAUAAACACAGUUUGAAACAGCAUCACUUAAGACACGAUGGUACGAAACAUUUCAAAUGUAACCUUUGUGAUUGUGUCUCGCACCGCAACACAAUUUAAGGUCAGUUGCUGUCAGUUAAGAAACGUCAUACAAGUCAAUUAAUUGACCAAACCUUAGAUAUUAGUGGUUGUGAUGGAAUUAAUAGUAGAACUGGUUAACCAUUCCAUGUAAGUAAAUAAAAAAUUACAUUGAGUCCUGUUCUGAAUUUUCAUAUUAUUAUUAAUAUUUAUUUUCAUAUGACCAACAAUCUUUAUGUUAUGCAAAUAUUGACUAAUUUCUGCAGAAGGCCCCGUUGCGCACUAAUAGGUGCAACUAAUAGAAUAGGAAUAGUGAAGAUGCGUGAUCGUUUGCCUUCUUACGUGCCGGUACCAAUACACACUUCAGGCGAGGAACCCCACCAUUUGACCUCCAGUAACAAUGAGUUCAGGAACGAACUUUAUGAUUAUGAUUAACUCCCACCGUUGACUUUUAGUUUAGACAACAACCACGAUCGAAUGACCUUCAGUGAGAAUGGUUUAGACAAGAACCCACGUCUACGUUUGACCUUCAGUGAGAUGAAUAUGCCGAAACAAAUUCAUGCUCACUUUGAUGUUCUUUAGGUACAUGCAAUUUAUCAUUUUACCGGUUGUCUAAAAUUGAACCGUAGAUGUGUUUAACC